AUGAGUACCAAUAACAGAACUAGUAGUAUCCCAAACCGCAAAUACAUUCUCGUCCUCAGCGCAAGCCAGUAUCUCUCAGGCCACCCCAUCAGCGAAGUCAUCCGGACAGACUGGACGAAAGACAAAGCGCGCAAGAUUGCCGCAGAAUUCGAUAAUGUCGGAUUCGAUAUUGAUCCGACAGCAGAUACGGCUAGCACGCUGGAAUCGCUUCAGCGAGUACUGCAAGCGAGAUGGUGGGAUGGCGUGAUUAUCGGAUGGUGUGUCAGGAGCCAUGUGGAGUUUACUGUUCUUUUUGAGCAAAUUGUUAGGACGGUUGCUGGGCAGGUUCUUGUGCAGCCUGGUUUGAAGAUUAUGUUUUGUGCUGGACCGGAGGAUUUGGUGCAGACGACCUUGAGGAAUUGUCCGAGUGAGUAA